AUGGAUCAAAUAACGGAACACAAACUUAAUGCAGCUUGUAACGAUUUUGUUGCCGGAAUUGACCCCCUGAAAGUAUGCGAUUUGGCGACGUCAUGCCAUCCAAAAAAGGUGGCCUGUCAUAUCCUUGGGGAAUGGAAGAGAGGCAGCUACAACAUAUGUAUCCCAGUGGUUUUUGAAGAUGACGGCAAGAGUGAGAAGUGGGUGGUCAGAAUUCCAUUACUUCCCCGACUGGCAUUUCCGGAAGAGAAAAUGCGGAGUGAAAUCGCCACAAUGAAAUACAUCACAGAGAAAACCACCAUUCCAAUCCCUCGCAUCCAUGGCUACUCAAUUACUGGCGACAACAUCCUUGGCCUUCCAUUCCUGAUUAUUGAGUAUAUCGAGGGGAACACCCUACAUUCAAUGAAAUUCAAUGAUUUUAGGCGGAAGAAACGAGAACAUCUUUAUGCUCAACUAGGUGAUAUCUAUAUUCAACUCUUUCGGCAACAAUUUGAUCGAAUUGGGGCUCUCACCCUCACUGAAGGUGGAAAUUGGACAUUCACCAACACCUAUCCACUGACAAUUGACAUCAAUGAACAAGAAAUCAGUGGACUUGAUGCUCGCUGCUUUCUGAAUCUCAAUCAUACCUUUCAAUCAACUAUUGACUAUAUCUACAGUAUAGUGAGGCUGAUUUCCAACGAUUUUCACCGGGGCCGCGAAUCAAUACUAAAUGAGAAUGAUGCUCAAUUAUACUUAUAUAGUAUCUAUGCCUGCCAGAGCAUUCUGAUGGAGUGGGUUCAGCCUGAAUUCAACCAUGGGCCUUUUGUCUUAAUGCAUGGUGACCUGCGCCCGCCCAAUAUCAUUGUUGAUGAUAAUUUGAACAUCAUCUCAGUCCGUCCUAGACUGGGAAUGGAGCCACACAGUUCCAGUUCAAAUAUUUCUGACAAAAUCUCCUUCAUUGGGUAUCUUGCAGCAGCUAAUAGCUUUUGUUUUGAACUGGGGUGUCAGGAAUAUACCUUUCAUAAUCCAGAAAAGCUCCCAAGACAAGAGCUCCCAUUAACAAAACAUUGGUGGGAUUUGUCCAGCAUGCAAGACUAUCUGAUUCCUUUGGGACUUUUGGCGCCGCACUACUUCUCCAAUAUCUACUGGAAGGCCCUGGAUAGCUGGUACUAUGGUCCAAAUGGCAAAGAACGAGUACAAACAUUCUUUGGGCUUGAUAUUCGAAAACCUGACCACCAGGCUGUGAGGAAAAAAGUGGAAGAAUAUGAGUCGUAUAAAAAGGAGCGAGAGGAGUUGGGCAUAGAAGCAACAUCCGUCAGGAUUGCGACCACAGCUGAAGAAUUAUCUCAGCUGGCGAAAGCCUUAAAGAAGAGAGAAAUUGAAAAAGCUGAAGCGAUAUCCCGAAAUGCACACAGCCCCCAGCAACAACUUCCAUUCCCGCAACUAGCAUACCAAUCGCCAGAUAUCUCCACCACGGAGGGACGCAGAGCGGUUGGGACUUGGCUGUUCAUAGCUUUCAGCACUAUGUCUGCGGUUUGCAUUAUUAGUGGGAGACUAAUAAAAUAA